AUGCCGAUGACGUCACGCCGCAACGCAACCCCAACUUGUAUUCCGCCGCCAGAAGGAGAAAAGGAGAAAAGAAGAAAAAGAGAGAUGGACGAGCUGAAGGAAAGGAAAGGUGAGCAGAGCAGAAGGAGAGAAGAAAAGCAGAGCAGAGCAAAAGGAGAAGAGAAGGAAAGGAGAGCAGAGCAAAAGGAGAGGAGAAGAGAAGGAAAGGAAAGGAAAGGAGAGCAGAGCAAAAGGAGAACAAAAGGAGAGGAGAGCAGAGCAGAGCAAAAGGAGAGGAGAAUGAAAGGAGAGCAGAGCAAAAGUAGAGGAGAAGGAGAGGAGAGCAGAGCAGAAGGAGAGCAUAAGGAGAGGGGAGCAGAGCAGAGUAAAAGGAAAGGAGAAGGAAAGGAGAGCAGAGCAAAAGGAGAGAAGGAGAGCAGAGCAGAAGAGAGAAAAAAGAGAGAAAAAAAGGAGAGAGCUAAAGGAAAGGAGGUGAAAGAAGAAAUAGAGCAAAAGGAAAAGAGAAGGAGAGCAAAAGGAAAGGAGGGGAAAGCAGAAUGA